UAGUAGGAAAGCAAUACUUUUACUAUAAACAUCCAUUCUAGGAGCCAUGCUGCGCUGGAAGCUGCGUAAUUCAAUACACGAUGUGCUCGCCAUGCUUGGCACCUAGCAUUAACAAAACGACGCCCUGUCCAUAGCUAAUGAACAAGUACUAAACUAAGAUAGAUAAGAAGCUUGCUUAACUACUGGACUGCACAGUCCAAGAUGGAGCACAUCUUCGGGCGUGCUCCGAAGGGGCCCGCUCCGCCUGCCCGCGGAGCCGUGGCAGGCGUUAAGGCUGACCUGGAGCGCGCCAAGGAGGGGGGCGACCCGCGCAACCCCAACGGAGUGGGCGCCGCCUGGUCGCACCACUUCCUCAACCAAAAGCCAUGGCACCCCAUGAACUUCAAGAACCGCAUGCGCGUGUGGGAGCACGAGCAGGAGAAGACGCAGCAGGAAAAGGCAAAGGAGAAGGCGCAGGCUGAGUUCGAUGCGGAGCAGGAGUACCUCAAGACGCUGUCCUACCUGAGUGCGGAGGAGCAGCGGCGAUACAAGGAGGUGCAGUCCGUGUCCUUCAUGUACACCAAGCCCCCCGGACUGGAUGCGGCACUGGCGCGGGAUGCGGAGGCGGAGAAGAAGAAAGCAAGCCAGCCAGCUGCGGCCUUGGAAGGGCCUGCUGCGGGUGCGGCUGCGGCUCCGGGGGCAGCAGCAGCGGCAGCAGCCCCCUCCAACCCCCAACAGCCCCCCCAACAGCCCCCCCAGCAGCAGGAGCGCUCAGCGGUGGUGGAGCGGUUGCGUGAGGACCCCUUCACCUCCAUGCUGGCGGCACGGCAGGCACUGCAGAACAACCCCAAGUUCGUGGCCCUGCAGCGCGAGGUGGGGGCGUUCGGCGGCUUCAGCGCCUCCGCAGCCAACCAGCAGCUACUGGGGGAGGAGCCGGCGGAGGGGGCGGGGCAGGGUUCCGCCGAGCUGGAGUUCCUGCUGUCGCUGCCGGCCGACCAGCAGCUGCGGGCGCUGAGGAGGAUUGCCAAGAAGCGCAAGAAGGAGGAGGAGGAGCGGCAGCUGCGAGAGGCGGAGGCGGUGCUGCGAGCGGCUGCAGCUGCGGGCACAAGAGCAAGCACAAGAAGCAGAAGAAGCGCAGCAAGUCCAAGGGCCACAAGCAUAAAGAGGAGGACAAGAGCCGGAAAGCCAAGAAGCGGCGACGGCGCAGGUCGGACUCAGAGGGCUCCUCGGACUCCAGUGAUACCACCUCGAGCGAGUCUUCUCGGUAAUGCAGGGAGAGGGGAUGAGGAUAAGGGGGUGUGUUGAGGAGGAGGAAGAAUGGUGACAAAGAGGAGGAGUGGGAGAUAGGGGUGCCGAAGGUGAGGCAAGGCUGUGGACGGUUAGGCUACUAGGUUGGCUGGGGUGCCCGCGUUAGGCGGUUUAGUCGUACAUUAGUACAUAGUAGGGGGCCUUACUGACGCGUGGAGUGAGGAGGAAUACAUUGGCGCUUGUUGGGUAAUUGGGUUAUUGACUUAUUGUACGAGAGGUUUUCACGAGGGGAUGAG